AUGAAGUCGUGCUCCAGUCUUAGUGGAGAGUUCGUGGAAUCUGCAAGUUUGAACUACCACAAGAUAGCACGACAGUUCAACGCGGUUGAAGUGUUCUUCGCCGGAUUUAUCCCCCCUUUGGUUGGCUCGGUAUCGGCUAUCCUUAUAGCUUUGAUAUUCCACAAUGACGCCAUCAGCAAUUACAACUGGCAGUGUGGGCGGGCGAGGCUACCAUCUCUAUCACGUAUCAUCAAUCUCUCAGUGGAACGGACGUUUUGGCAACUGUUUUUGCUAUUCCAUGUGCCAAUUAGGGUUAUUGAACUGAUUACUGGAUGUAAGUAA